AGCUUCAGGGGGAGGGGGUGGAGCUUCGGGAGGAGGAGAGAAGUCGCUCAUGGCGGAGCGCGGCUUCAAGGCGGCCGUCGGCGGCGGGAGUGGAGGAGACGCCGGCGGUAGCAGCGCCAGGCGAAGGAGGUUCAACCCGAGGAAGCGGCCAGCCAGCGGCGACCGCACGGAGAGCAGCGAUGAGGAUGGCGCAGCAGUGUUCAGGCCUGAGCGAAAGCAGCAGGCUGCAAACCCCAUGGUUCAAGGCACUAAGCGAGUAACCCGUGAAAAGCAAAAGUACAGCAGCAGUGAGAGCGAGGAGGAUCGAGGAAUAACUGUGGCCUACAAGUCUUCACGCUCAGCAAAACCACUGGGACCAGAUGACAUGGGUGCCACUGCCACAUAUGAGCUGGAUACAGAGAAGGUCAACGAUGCACAGGCCAUAUUUGAGAGAAGUCAACAGAUACAAGAGGAGAUAAAAGGAAAAGAAGAUGACAAAGUCUACCGUGGAAUACAUAACUACACAAAAUUCAUCAAACCGAAGGAAACGGCAAUGGGAAAUGCAUCGUCUGGCAUGGUCAGAAAAGGGCCUAUCCGGGCUCCUGAGCACUUGCGAGCUACAGUACGGUGGGACUACCAACCUGACAUCUGUAAAGAUUAUAAGGAAACUGGAUUCUGUGGCUUUGGUGAUAGUUGCAAGUUUCUGCACGACCGCUCAGACUAUAAGCAUGGCUGGCAAAUCGAGCGGGAGCUGGAGGAAGGCCGCUAUGGAGCUACAGCGGAAGAAAAUUAUGAAGUCAGCAGUGGGGAUGAGGAUCUUCCUUUCAAGUGUUUCAUCUGCAGGGAGUCAUUCCAACACCCAGUUAUCACAAAGUGCAAGCAUUACUUUUGUGAAAAAUGCGCCCUUCAGCAUUACAAAAAGUCCAAGAGGUGUUUUGUAUGUGGACAACAAACAAUGGGCGUGUUCAACCCAGCUAAAGAACUGAUUGCUAAGAUGGAGAAGAUAAAGCAGAACAUGAAGGGGAAUUCCGAUGAAGAUGAAAAGUCUGCACCACAGCAUUCUCAUAAUGAAUGACAAAUUCUGCAUCUUCACUUUCUACUAAUUUCUGUCUAGACACAUUUGUAUUGAGCCUAAUUUUUACUGAAAUCUCUGUCAAUUUACAGUAAAUAUUGUAACGUCUUCACAGUAGAUUUUAGGCAUUGGCUAUAUUUUUUUGUAAAUAAACUGACAAAUGGAA